CUUAUCGCGCCUUAGACCCGAAUGCAUACGCGAAAACUACUUUCCCAUCCGUAACCUCUGCACCGCGCCGUGGUCUUUCAGGGCCCUGACUCUGUCUUUCAAUCGCCGCGACAAUGCCUUACCUACACAACCCUUAUCUAGCGAUACCGGAGGCCAAACUUUGCGCCGAGCAAUUUUCGCAGCGGGAAGACGCGAAAGACGGGUUGAGCAAGCUGAGGAGCGAGUUCGUCAUACCGACCAAGGGCGACCUAAAGGCUCGGAAGUAUGGAUUUCAGCACAAGGAAAAACGCGCCACUGCGCAAUCGCAAGACGACGAGGAAUCGAUAUACUUCUGCGGCAAUUCGCUUGGGCUCCAACCGCGGAGAACAAAGGAGUACAUCAAUCGCUACCUUGACACAUGGGCGUCCAAAGGCGUCUUCGGCCAUUUCACCAAUUAUGAAGGAGGCCUUCCACCGUGGCUACACAUUGACGAUGCAGUGAAGAACCAGACGGCCAAAAUUGUCGGGGCGCUUCCUAACGAAGUCGUCAUCAUGGAGACAUUGACUGCAAACUUGCAUCUUCUGAUGGCGAGCUUUUACCGUCCGACAAAAGACAGGUGGAAGAUCAUCAUUGAGGGCAAGGCGUUUCCUAGCGACCAUUAUGCUGCGCUCUCCCAGAUCGCACACCACAAUCUCGAUCCUUCCGCUCUCAUCACCAUCGACCCGCCGUCAGCCUCGGCGCCCUACCUCUCGAGCGAACACAUCCUGUCUGUAAUUUCACACCACGCCCCCAGUACGGCUCUUGUCCUUUUGCCUGGCAUACAAUUCUACUCGGGCCAGUUCUUCGACAUUGAGUUGAUAACGCGUCACUGCCGGUCGCUGGGUAUAACAGUGGGCUGGGAUUUGGCCCAUGCAGUAGGGAAUGUACCGUUGAAGCUGCAUGACUGGAACGUGGACUUCGCGGCGUGGUGCAACUACAAAUACAUGAAUGGUGGUCCAGGAGUCAUUGGCGGGGCCUUCGUUCAUGAAAGUCACGGCAAGGUAGAGCAGGUGCCCACAAAUCAGACCAACGGUACAGGCAGCUCGUCAAACAGGGACACAAGCCUCUCGUAUCGCCCGCGCUUAAGCGGCUGGUGGGGCAGUGACAAGAACAGCAGAUUCCGCAUGGACAAUAAAUUCGUUCCCAUUCCUGGCGCCAGCGGCUUCCAACUCAGCAACCCAAGCGCACUCGACAUGACAUCGGUAAUGGCAAGUUUAGAUGUCUUUGCGCUGACCGACAUGGAAGCCCUGCGACAGCGCAGUCUCAACUUGACUGCAUAUCUCGAGGCUCGCCUUCUCAAAUACCCAAAUGGCGAACCACCUUACAAGAUCAUCACACCACCGAACCCAGCCGAGCGGGGCGCACAGCUCAGCAUUCUUCUGAAGCCCGGCUUGUUGGACCAAGUGCUGCAUUACAUCGAAGAACGUGGCGUGGUGGUGGAUGAGCGCAAGCCUGAUGUGCUUAGAAUCGCACCAGCACCUUUGUACAACUCUUUCCGCGACAUCCAUCGCUUCAUCAACAUUUUCCACGAGGCAUGUCGCAUCGCUACAAGGGGCGCAGGGGACAAGAGGCCGCACAACAAUGCGGUUCCGAAAGGCAUUGCAGCAAUAUGAGCUGGGUAGACCUUCUCGGGGGAACAUCUGUUCGAUUCUUGGUAUCUGGUAGUUGUCUGCCCAUUGAGCAGCAUAAUUUCUAAUUUCAGGCCCAAAAGUACGCAUAUAUAUAUACCCAAAGCAA